CAAACUUAUCGCUAACCUAGAAAAAGGUUAUGCAGAUUCCGCUCUACUCGCAAAAAAGUGUUGUUCCCUCGUGUUGGGACGUUAAGAGCUAGUCAACUUAUGAUGCUAUUUUCAAUUAACUGAAUGUCAUGCACAUCGAAUAAUUGCAUAUUUCACAUUAGUUUGGAGUUAUAUUUAAAGCUUUGAAUUAAAAAAACUAUGUUAAGCUCCACCGCUUCUGAUAAUUUAGCCUGUACUGAUGAAGUCAAAGUUUAUGAAGAUGAAGGGGAAGAAGAAGAACAGCAGAAAUCUUCGGAAAACCUCACGGAAGAUAAAGUUAGAUUGGUUAUCGAGAGCGAAACCCAAAUACCAAAACUAUUUGAUUUAUUCGGGAAGAAUGGUGGAGCCUCAUCAUUAUUUAAAAUGCCAUUUCCAACUGAUCCUCGAUUGGCCAGUUAUUUUCUACCUGGUUAUCCUGCUGCAAUCGCGGCUGCUAUGGCAGCUGUAAAUGCUGCCUCUUAUUCAUUAUCAUCUUCACCAUGUUUAACAACAUGUUCACCAUCAUCGUCAACAUCAUCUUCGUUAUCAUCCAUGACUAAAUCAACUUCUUCAAUAUGGAAUAUGAAUCCUGCUGCUGUUGUCGCAGCGGCUGCUGCUGCGGGGACAGCAUCUUCUUUCUGGUCAAGUGGUGGAGGCGGUGGUAGUGGUUCAUCGUCUACUUCUUCUGGUUAUGCAAGUUCUGAAGGUAGUGGAGGUAGUAGUGGUACUAAUGGUUCAAAUUGGUUACAUCAUUCAGCAAUAUCACCAGGUAGUAAUAGUAGCAUAGGUGGCAAUGGAAGCGGGAGUUGUGGUAGUGGUUUUAAUUUCUUACAAUAUCCUUAUCCUCGUCAGCAUAAUUUAUUUAACCAGAAACAUUAUCUACGAUCAUCAAAUGAUGGUGAUGAUUUACUUUCAUGUAUAAGAAGAGAAUCACCAAGCCUUGAUCGAUCAGUAUAUUUUUCAAAUAACAAUAAUAAUAAUAAUAACACUAAUUUUUCAUAUACGGAAAAUCAUCCUAUUGACUAUAAUAUAUCUGGUCAAAUGUCGAGAUUUUCUAAUUUAUACAAUGAUCCUGUCAGGAAUUCAGCAAAUUUGACUACUCAGUUCCCAUCAUGUGUUCCUAAUCCGUUCGGAUUUAUACCAUUUUAUGAUUCAUUCAGAUGUGGUGCAGCGGCGGCUGCUGCGGCAGCCGCCGCUGCCGCGGCCGCAGCAGCAGCUUUUUCUCAAAAAUCUCCACAUGAAACAACAGUUCAACAUAAUGAUGACAUUUUAAAAUUUGGUUCAAAAUAUCCAACAAACAGUCGAAAUCAUACUACAAUGGGUAAUUUUGAUUUAAGUUUAGAAAAUUGCAAAAACUAUAUGAACUCAAUUGAAACUAGGAAUGAUAAUGUCUGUACUACUAAUAUACCUGGUGUUUCUACUACUUCUGUUAAUACCGCUACUUGUAUAAAUGAGAAUAAAUUCAAUAAACUAUCAUUAUCAUCAUCAUCACUAUACACAAAUACUUAUCAGACACAUCCUUCAUUAUCAUAUAAUCAGCAAUGUCUUCGUCAGUCAAAAGAUUUUACCUCUAAUAAUAUGAAUAUGUUAAAUUAUCCACGUGACAUAGAAUCAACAGUUGGACUUUCAGUACGAGAACAUAGUCGAUCACCAUUGCCAACAUCUCGUUAUCAUUCGUUUGACAAUCCAAUCGAUCCACCUAAACUCUUAAAUACAUUACACGCUAGUCGCUUAUUAGAAGGAUCUGGACAAAUAUCUUCAUCAUCAUCACCACCAUCAUUAUCACUACCUAAUGGAUCUAUUCAACAUGAUUCAUCUCCUUCAACAUCGUCGAAUUUCUAUGCUGUUGCAGCCUGUGCAGCGGCGGCAGUUGUAGCCGCAGCAGUAGCAUCUUGGAGUGGUACAGGUUCACCAAAAACAUCCAAUAAAUCUCAGCAAUAUUUCACAUCCUCUAAUAGUCAUCAAAGUUCACCAUGUCCUUCUCUUAGUAAUAAUAAUAAUACAUUGUUUCCAUUAAGUCCAUCCGGAUCAAUUAAUAAAUCAGCUCUUUUCAAUCAUUUACAAUCGGUGAAAUCACCAAAUAGUAUUGGCGGUAUGGUACCAUCACCGAAAGCAAAUAGUAGCAUUCUAACUACUUCAUCAUUAUCUCCAGCUGGAUUAUAUCAUAGAUGUGAAAAUAACAAUAAUAAUACAAGUAAUAAUAAUAACCACAGUAGUAGUCGAGCGUCUACUUCAACUAAUUCUACCGCUGCUAGUCCUUAUUCUCCUAGUAUGUUUGCUGCAGCCGCAGCCGCUGCACACAUGCAGUUAUUAUCCGCCGCAGCAGCUGCCGCUACAUUCAAUUCAAAUUUGUCAUCAUCAUCGUCAUCGUCUUCAGUACAUACAGCUCCAUCUACACCAUGUAUAACAACUUCAUUAAAUAAUGAAUUCACAUUUGAAGAUUCUAUCAGAGAAAUGAAAUCAGUAUCAACAUCAUCAUCAUCGUCAGUUAUUUCUUUAUCAGAUUUAUCACCAACUGUACAAUUCGGUUCUUUGUCGACAUCUUCGUUAUCAUCAAUUCAAAAUAGAGAUAAUAACAGUAAUAUUAAUAAUGGUAAUGAUAAUAAUAAUUCAACAUCAAACAGUCUUUGGAGACGUCAACAAACUGCAGCAGCGGUAGUAGCCGCUGUAGCUGCGAGUGCUAUGAUUGGUAAUUCAACAUCUUCAACAUUAUCAUCUGUUUCUGCUGUUGCUAGAGGUGAUAAUGAUGGUGUUAGUGGUCGUGGGGGAGUAGGAAGAAGAAGAAGAAACUCUAAUAUACUUAAUACAUUAGAUCGAACUAAUUCUCCCGGACUAUGGUCCAGUCGAAAUCAUCUAUUUAGUUCAAGAUCUCGUGAUCGUCGAAGUUUUGAUUUUGCAAAAGCUUUAACAAAAUCAGGGAUUACUAGCAUUAAUAACAAUAAUAAUGAUGAUGUAGUGAUUAAUGAAGAAUCAUCUCUAGAUAAUUGUAAAGAAAGCCUGAAGAAAAAAAUGACUACCAAUCUUAUAUCAUCAUCAUCAUCAACGACAUGUUUAUCAAAAGGUAUACAUAUUAAGAAACCAUUAAAUGCUUUUAUGCUAUUUAUGAAAGAAAUGCGUUCACGUGUACAAGAAGAAUGUACUUUGAAAGAAUCUGCUGCAAUUAAUCAAGUAUUAGGUAAAAAAUGGCAUGAAUUAACUAGAGAAGAACAAACUAAAUAUUAUGAAAUGGCUAGACAUGAAAAAGAAUUACAUCAACAAUUAUAUCCAAAUUGGUCAGCACGUGAUAAUUAUGCAUAUCAUGCUAGACGUCGUAAACGUCGACGAAAAUUAUUUCAUAAACAUGGUUUACAUAUACGUGGAACACGUCAUAUAAAUAAAUCAAUAAUUAAUACACGUUCAUAUGAAAAAUCAUCAUUAUUAUUAUUGAAUAAUUCAACUGUUAUGAUGGAUAAAUCUAAAGUAAACACUUCAUUAGAUAAAUGGAAUGGUUAUAAAUCAUUUCCAUUGGAUAUUGAUAAUAAUCAACAGAAAUAUAAUUCAUGUAUUUCUGAUCAUUCUUUAAAUAAUAAAACUCAUUCAAAUGAUUCAUUAUCUUCAAUGAUAAUAAAUAGUUCAAAAAUACAAACAGAUCAUUUAUCAGAUGAUGUUGUUAAUCAUCAUCGCCAUCAUCAUCAUCAUCAUAGUAGUAGUAGUGGUAGUAAAUGUUCUUCUCCACAUCCUCCAUCUAUACUUCCUGUUACUACUAUUUCAGAAUUUUCUUCUAAUCAUCAACAAAACCCUAUGACAUCAAAUUCAUCAUUAUGUAGAAAACAAAAUCAGUCAUUUACUAUGACAGCACCAUCUAUCUCAUCACCGACAUCAUCAUCAUCAUUGACAUCUAUCACAUCCUCAUCAUCUUCGUUGUUAUCAUCAUCAUCAUUAACACUACCUAAACAAAUUACUUCUAAUCUUACUAAACUAGAUUCUAUUGCAACUUUAAAAAAAGAAGAUAGUUGUAAUUUCUUAGGUGAAGUUAGACAACAUGUUAAAUCAAUGAAUGUCAAUUCUAUCGAUUAUAAAACAUUUAUGAAUACUGUUGUUAAUGAUGAAAACAAUAAUAAUGUUAAGAAUAAUCGAUAUGUUGCUGAUUACUGUGUAAAGAAUGAUUUCAAUGAAUCCAAGACAACAAUCAAUAAUAAUGAUCAUCAAGAUCGUUCCAAUAUUGACAUAGGUUAUCGUCUAUCCCCUAAUGUCCCCAUAGUUACCAAUAAUACUAGUGGUGCUAAUAAUGAAUUAGAUAAAUUUCGAACUAUACGUGAUUUGAAUAUGAAAUCUAAACUUAAUUUCAAUUCAAAUAAUAUGAUUACAUCUUUAACUGCUAGUGUGGUAACCACAUCUAACAUCAAUACUACAUCGUCUAUUUCAUCAACAACUACAUUCUAUACUCGAAAUCGUGAAUUAAAUAAAUUAUAUAAUGAAUCUAUGAACUUAAUUCCAAAUGAUUAUGCUUAUCAUACUACUAAUAAUAAUAGUAAUCAUGAUGUAUCAAAUUUAUUUCAACAUUCCACAGGUUAUCCAUUUUUACAUUCUGAUCUAAAUGUUAAACGUGAUGAUACAUCAUCUGUAUUCUAUCCUUCUUCUCUAUCAUCAAUACAUCAUGAUAACAAAUCAAUACAUUCUAAAAAUAAUUCAUUUUUAUCUCCUAGAUUCACUGGAAUGAUUAAUUUGUCAUCAUCAUCAUUAUCGUCAUCAGUAGACAAUGAAAAUAGACAUUCAUCACAUUCAAUAAUGCCGACUGGUUAUCAGUCCGGUUAUAGAUAUACUUCUCAUUUAGACCAUUUACCUUAUUCAUCAAUGUCUUCUAAUCAUUUUCCAACUUUUCCCGGUUCAUUACCUUCACAUUUGAUGUCUACUUUCAGUUUUAAUGGAGGUGGUGGUAGUAAUAAACAUCAUAAUUCAUCAAGAUGUAUGACUGAUCUAUUACCAUCAUCAUCGACAUCAGAUAGCCAUGUCAAAACAAUUACAAAAAAUAAUCAUUCAUCUCAUUCAAAUGUGUCAACUACUGUGGCGGCAGUAGCUGCCGCUGCAGCAACGGUAGCUAUGACUGCAAGUGAACUGUCCGGUGGGAAUUUAAAAAAAUGUCGUGCUAGAUUUGGUUUGGAACAUCAGAAUAUGUGGUGUAAACCAUGUCGUCGUAAGAAAAAGUGUAUACGUUUUAUUUCGGAAGCGGAUCCAGAAGAAUUUUCUAAUGGAAUAUCAGCGUCACAACAACCACAAACAGGAACUCAUCAUCUUGCUAGGCAAAGAUUAGCUAAUUUUAUAGAUCCGUUUAUACGCCCUGGACAUUCAUCUCAGUCAAAUAUUUCUGGCCAAUCAUCGAAAUUUCAUACAUUUCCUUCAAGCUUCUUAUGUCCAUCAAUAAAUCCUAAUAACAAUGUAACAAAUGAACGUACAUUAACAUCAUCAUCAUUAGCUGAUUUCAGUUUACGCUUAAAUCAACCACAUCAUGCAAUUCCAGGCUGUUAUACAGGUAAAUCUUCUGCAUUUAUCAGUCCUUCACUUUCAUCUCGUUCAAAUCAUCCAAUGUUAGAUUUAUCAACAUCAUCGUUUCCAUUGAAAAACUCAUAUCAUCAUUUGAAUAAUUCAAUAACUGAAGAGUUAAAUUUUAAGUUGACAUCUUCAUCAUCACCACGGACACCAUCAUCGUUAUCAUCGUCAUCAUCAUCAUCAGUGUUGUUUUCACCAUCUUCUCGAUUAAAUUCAUAUACCAUUGGUCAGUGUUUAUCCAAUUGUAAUGAAUCUAGAAUACCGACCACCUCUAACAACAACAACAACAACAAUACUGAAUAUACUUUUAAUAAACCGAAUUCAAUGGACUUGUGGAAUAAUAAUAAUAAUGUUAAUGGUAUGAAUACAUUUUAUCCUAAUUGGUCUCAAGAUUCAUCAGCUUUCAAAUUAUCUACAACAUCAUCAUGUGUUAAUGUUUCAACAAUCAGUAUGACCACAUCAUCAUCAUCACUUUGUUCCCAGUUGAAUACACACAAUCUAAUUGAUUCCGCUAGUCGAUCAAAUAAUCAUAAUGAGUUACGUGAAUCAAAUCAAUCUGAUAAAUAUAAUAUCAAUACUAAUACUACUAAUACCACCACCACUACUACUAGUAUCACAGGUAAUAGAAAUCAUUUUAAUUCAAACCAAUCUAAAUUGUCAUUUAAUGAGGCUAAUCGGUUUGUUAAUCAAUCAUUGUCAUCACUAACAGACAAUUCAAUUUCUCCAAAAGUAAACUCGAUCAAUUUACAAAAUGAUUCAAAUUGUUCAAUACCUUGUUCUAAUGUAGUGUCAUUUGCCCUCUCCUCCUCUCUAACCCCUUCAAAUUUAGAAAUAUCUAAUACAAAGCCAAUUAAUAUGAAUUCGUUUAUUGGUACUCAUUCACUAGAAUGUUCUUCUUCUUCUUCUUCCUCAUCGUCGUCGUCAUUGUCCAAAACGUUACCAUCUACAGUAUUAUCUUUAUCAUCACCAAUAAAAACUAUAUCCGAUGAAUAUUCAGAAAAGAAUCUCAAUGAACCACCGCCAUCUAAACGAAUUUGUUGUAAUUCACCAGUAUCUUUAAUGAAGUCAUCUAAUGUUGAAUCUGUAGUGUGUUGUGUAUCAAGUCCACUUGUUUCUAUGAAUAACGAUGUCAUCAAUUGUACUAAUAUAAAUACUUUAGAAAGUUCUGUAUCCGAUUCUACUACUACGACUAAUAAGACUACUACUGCCAUUGCCGCUGUUAAAACUAUCGUAACAACAAGUUGUAAAUAUACAGAAUCGGUUCGAUUCGGUGUAGCUGAUUUUAUGGGAUUAAAUGACAAUAAUAAUCAUAAUAAUGAUAAUGUUGAUAUUAUUUCAGUUGUGGAUAACAUCAGUCAUGAUUGUCUUUAGUUAUCCUUCACUUUGUAAUUAUAUGUUAAUAAGUAAACUUACGCUAUGAAUAAAACAGUUCGAUCAACAACAACACGAACACCAACAUACACACACACGGACGAAUUCCACAUGGAUUAUGAUAAUGAUAGCCAUGUUGAUUGUAUUUUUCAUAGUUGCUUUUUUUACCACUUCUUUUCACUAUACACUAUCUCCCUAUUCUUUAAUUGAUAUGUAUGUAUGUGUGUAAAUUUCUUAUGUACUGAUGAUGGUGAUCUCUUCGAGAUAAAUUCACUAUGAUCCAAAUUAUUCUAAUGUUUCCUUCUUUUUUCAAUGCCUAUCAUUUAACAUCAUCACCAUCGUCGUCAUCAUCAUCAUUGUUGUCAUUACUUUAUCUCUCUUCACUGUCAUCUUGAUCCAGGACGUACAUUAUAUACAAAGAUUACAGAAGAAGUACUAAUUUAUUCUAUUAGUUUACUAUGAAUGAUUAUUUUACUUUAUCAUGAUUCAUGUAUAAAUUUCUUUUUUAUAUUCCAUGAUAUCGGUUUACAUUCUUUCCAGUAUAGAGUUAAGAAUACAAAUAUUGAUUCAUUCACUUACUUGAUGAUGUUCAGCUUAUCUUCUUCUUCUUCUUCUUGGCGUUUGUUCCCCUUCCGCUUCUUUCAACUUUUCCGUGGUGUUUUUUUCCCUCUCUUUAUUUAAGAAACUAUAAGUCUCUGACUAUCUCUGUAAGUUUUAUACGGAACAACUUAUCAUUUUACAUAACUGUAUGUUGUUCAAUAAAAAAGAACCCAACUAACUAACAAAUCAAUCAACGAUUCAUGAAACAGUUUAGUGCAUAAAAUAAUAAACUAACCGAUGCAUAAGUCACAAAGUGAACCUUUUUUCAAUCUAUACUUCUUUGAAUGGCAGCUUUAUUCUCAUGUUUGGUGUAUCUUAUAUUUUUUUGUUCCUAUUAUUUUUAUUUAUUAUGCAUGUGUUUAUAUAAAGGGGUAUGAAUACUUUGUUUCUAUGUCGUUUCUACUUGAAACAAAUGAAUGUUGUUGUUCGGUUUUAUGACUAUCUUAAAAGUGUACACCCCUUCCCUUGUGAUUACACUCUCCCUCUCUUUAUGUGUGUAGGUGUAUUUUAUUUGAACAAACCAAAUAUUGUAUAAAUUGUAUCAUAUUAGUAAUAUUUAUUAUUGCAUAUAUUGCUUACUUGUAACCAUAUUGAUAGUAGUCAUUUGAUUACAACAACAACAACAACAAAAAGAAGAGAAAAAAACUAUUAUCCCUUUUCUACCUGUCUUGAGUUUUUUUCUUUUUUUUUCUACAUCAACGUUUUCAUAUUAUUCCCUGUGUACCUGUAUGUUUAUGUAGGUACAUGUGAGUUGUCAUCAUAAUUUCUUUCAUUUUCCUCACCACCCUUAUCACUAUCACCAUCGAUACAACUUUGUAUUUCUCUUCUUCAAAUCUUUAUAUUUACUGUAUUUAUCUAUGAAAUAUUCUAGUUUAUUUGUUAUAUGAAUGUAUGAAUUAGUUAGUUAGAAAUCCUUACGAUCAUCAUCAUCAUCAUCAUUGACAGUUACAUCAUGAUUCACCUGGUCAACUCGUUGAAUCAUGUCUUCAUUUACUGACUGAAAAAGAGAAAUUUCAAACAGAAAAAACAAUGAGGUAAAGGAGCUUUUUCUAAAAUUAUAAUAAUGAUAAUGAUAAUAACUGUUAUGAAUUCCACUUAAACCACUAUAAUGCAUUCAUAUUACUGAUAGUUAGAGUAUCUGUAAUAGCAUUAAUAUUACUAGGAUAGUCAUGUUGUUUUUCAUUACAUAUCUAUCGAACUUACACACACACACACAUACACAAACAUCAUCAUCACCAACUUAAUUUGAUUAUUUAUUUUUCUCAUUUCUUUCAUUAUUCAUGAUAAUGAGGAUGAUGAGGAUGAUGAUGAUGAUGACGGUGAUGAUCUUUCCAUCAUAUCUUCAUGACCAAUAAUCAAGUUCACUUUUGAUGAUACAGAUGAUAAAGAUACAUAUAUAUGAACUAUAUAAUGCAUUUGUUGUUUUCUUAUUGUUAUUGUUCUUCUUAUUCAUAAGGUUUUCCAGGAAGUAAAAAAAACCGUAAUUCUCAAAUACUUCCUUGAUUUUCUUUGCAUCUUUGUCGGUUGGAGAGUCAUUCAUAUUCACAGUAUAUAUACACACACACACUCUCUCUUACACACACACAUUGUCUGUUUAUGACAUUCAUUUGUAUACAUACACUCAUAGCAUUCAAUGUGUGUAUUAUGUUUCAUGAUAUUAGAAUGUAAUAACUUGUGAGAAGGUGGACCAAUGAGUGUUUUUAUUCAUUGUUGAUCUUAUUUUUUAUCCUUCUAAGACAAUACUACUAUAUACUACUCUCACUACUGAUAAUAGUAGUAAAUAAGCAGCAACAGCGACUUUGAUCAUUAUAUAUAUAUAUAUCCCCCCGGAAAACAGGGUCAUUACAUUUUACGUACAGUGCAUAUACUUCAAUAAUUCUUACUAUUUUUUUCUCCUUCGAAUUACAUUUUGUUUUUGACUUUUCUUCUUGAUGUUUAUCUCUUCCUGUGUGUUUUUACCCCAGUCUUUGUCAAGUAUGUAUGUAUAAUGGAGGUUCCAGAUAUAUAUAUUGAUAAUAAUAAUAAUAAUAAUGUUAAUU